AAUUAAUGUAUAGAAAUUUAUUGAAAUUACGCUAUGCAUAUCAACCAUGUAUAAAUAUAUAUCAUAAACAAAAUAGAAGCAACAUAGUUAACUCCAAUAAAGAUGACAGUAAGAGAAGCAAUCAAUCUUGCAAUGGAUGAAGAGCUGGCUAAUGAUCCAAAUGUAUUUUUGAUAGGUAUAAGAAUAAUAUUAAACUUUAGGUGAGGAAGUAGGAUAAUUUCAAGGAGCAUAUAAAGUAUCUAAAGGACUGUUCUAAAAGUAUGGAGGUGAUAGAAUAAUUGAUACACCAAUAACAGAAGCUGGAUUUACAGGCAUUUCAGUAGGUGCUGCACUUUAUGGAUUGAAACCAAUAGUUGAAUUUAUGACUUGGAAUUUCGCAAUGCAAGCAAUAGAUCAUAUAAUAAAUUCUGCAGCAAAAGCUCAUUAUAUGAGUGCUGGUGAUUAGAAAGCAUCUAUAGUAUUUAGAGGGAUUAAUGGGUAAUAAAUGAGUAAUAUGAUUCAGAGCAACUGCAUAUGUAGCAGCUUAACAUUCUCAAUGUUUUGCUUCAUGGUAUAGUAAUGUACCAGGAUUGGUAGUACUAGCACCUUAUGAUUGCGAUGAUGCAAAAUCAUUAUUAAAGGCAGCUAUUCGUAAUCCAAAUCCAGUUGUAUUUUUGGAGAAUGAAAUUUUAUAUAGUGAAUCAUUUGAAUUAUCAGCUGAAGCUAGAGAUCCAAAUUAUAUUGCUCCUAUUGGAAAAGCUAAGAUUAUGAGAAAAGGCGAACAUGUUACAAUAGUUGCAUUCUCUAAAAUGGUUGAAUAUUCUCUUAGAGCUGCAGAACAGCUAUUUCGUGAAGGAAUUAGUUGUGAAGUUGUUAAUUUAAGAAGUUUAAGACCAUUAGAUAGACAUACUAUUAUUGAAAGUGUUAAAAAAACAGGAAGAGUUGUUUGUGUUGAAGAAGGAUGGCCAUAGUCUGGAAUUGGAGCUGAAAUUACAGCACUUAUUAUGGAAGAAGGAGCUUUUAAAUAUUUAGAUGCUCCUGUUUAAAGAGUUACUGGAGUUGAAAUACCUACACCAUAUGCUUUUAAUUUAGAAGCUAUGGCAUUUCCUAAAACAGAACAAAUUAUUGAUGCUGUCUUAAACGUAUUAAAAGGAGCUCGUUGAUUUAUUAAAUU